AUGAUACUGUCUGGAAAAAACAAUAGUGGGAUUAUUUUCACCCUCUUGGGCUUCUCACAUUAUCCUGAACUUAAAGUCCCUCUCUUCUUGGUGUUUCUCAUCAUUUACAGCAUCACUGUGGUAGGAAAUAUUGGCAUGAUCCUUGUGAUCAGAAUUAAUUCCAAACUGCACACCCCCAUGUACUUUUUCCUCAGCCACCUCUCCUUUGUGGAUUUUUGCUAUUCUUCCAUCAUUGCUCCCAAGAUGCUGGUGAACCUUGUUGCAAAAGACAGAACCAUUUCAUUUGUAGAAUGCAUAGUACAAUAUUUUUUAUUUGCUGUCUUUGUAGUAACUGAAGCCUUUUUAUUAGUGGUUAUGGCCUAUGACCGAUUUGUGGCUAUCUGCAACCCUCUGCUCUACACAGUAGCCAUGUCUCAGAAACUCUGUGCCACACUGGUGGUGGGAUCCUAUGCAUGGGGUUUCACAUGUUCCUUGACACUGACAUGUUCUACUGUAAAAUUAUCUUUUCAUAGUGUCAAUAGAAUCGAUCACUUCUUCUGUGAACUCUCUUCACUGCUAGCCCUUUCUUCCUCUGAUACUGUCAUCAGUCAAUUACUGCUGUUUGUUUUUGCCACAUUCAAUGCUGUCAGCACAUUACUCCUUAUUCUGUUGUCUUACCUGUUCAUUGUUGUCACUGUCCUUAAGAUGCGUUCAGCCAGUGGGCGUCGUAAGGCUUUCUCCACCUGUGCAUCCCACCUGGCCGCCAUCACUAUCUUCCAUGGUACCAUUUUAUUCCUUUUUUGUGUGCCCAACUCUAAAAAUUCCAGGCUCACAGUCAAAGUGGGUUCUGUGUUUUACACAGUGGUGAUCCCCAUGCUUAACCCCCUAAUCUAUAGUCUGAGAAAUAAGGAUGUCCAACACACAAUUAGAAAAAUAAUGACCCUUACCUCAUGUGUUAAGAAUUAUAGACACAAUUAA